UCAUGGCCCGAAGUGGCUGCUGGAACUCUAGUCUUUGCACCUGCAUUCCAGCUUUCGAGGGCUACUUUCAAUGAAUUGCACAUGACUCUUUUUUCAUCUCAUUGGUCUGAUUGUGGUCAUGUGGCCACACCUAGCAGUAAGGGAAGCUUGGAAAUAUGAUGUGUAUUCAGAAAGCCAUGCAUCCUCCUAAAAACCAGAAAUUCUUUUACAGAAGAAGAAGGGGAGGAUGGCUGUCGGGGGCCAGCCUCACCAUUACUGGCCAUGCUUAACAGUUUUAUUGGCUGUGGAGCCUCAGUAUAGUUGAAGCGGAGCCCAGUAUUACAUGGAUUAUAAAUGGCCGAACCUUCAAAAUUUAUCGUAAAGCACUAAUUUAUUAAUCCCAUAUGGUGCUUGGGUGAAAGCAGGAAAAUAUAUGAAUGACCGACAAGCGACUUUGUUGCUAAUUACACAGGAAGUUGAUUCAUGAGACGUGAGGAGUUGCACAGCAGCAAGGGAAGGAAUGAGUAUUACGUUGUUGGGCAUUUGGAUUUCAACGCUGAAAAGAAUCGAUACGCUUAACCACAUACUGCAGUGGAGUCUCGACGAGUUUGAGGACUUCUGCAGACAGGUUAUGUCACCGUCGGAGGCUGCCCUGAAGCUCCCUGUGGCCCGGAGACUAUGUACAAGAGGAAUGGUCUGAUGGCUAGCGUGUCGGUCACCUCCGCCACUCCACAGGGCAGCAGCAGCUCCGACUCUCUGGAGGGCCAGAGCUGCGACUAUGCCAGCAAGAGCUACGACGCUGUCGUCUUCGACGUCUUGAAAGUGACCCCUGAGGAGUUUGCUAGUCAGAUCACAUUAAUGGACAUACCCGUGUUUAAAGCCAUCCAGCCAGAGGAACUAGCCAGCUGUGGAUGGAGUAAGAAGGAGAAACAUAGUCUCGCCCCGAACGUUGUGGCCUUUACCCGGAGGUUUAACCAGGUCAGUUUUUGGGUUGUACGAGAAAUUCUAACAGCACAGACUUUAAAAAUAAGGGCAGAAAUCCUGAGCCAUUUUGUGAAAAUAGCCAAGAAACUUCUAGAACUCAACAACCUUCAUUCUCUCAUGUCUGUGGUGUCGGCAUUACAAAGUGCACCCAUCUUCAGGCUGACAAAAACCUGGGCUCUUUUGAAUCGGAAAGACAAGACCACCUUUGAGAAACUGGACUACCUGAUGUCGAAAGAAGACAAUUACAAGCGGACUCGGGAGUAUAUCCGAAGCCUGAAGAUGGUCCCCAGCAUCCCGUAUCUAGGGAUCUAUCUUCUGGAUUUGAUCUACAUCGAUUCUGCAUAUCCUGCCUCAGGCAGCAUCAUGGAAAACGAACAAAGAUCCAAUCAGAUGAACAAUAUUCUCCGAAUAAUUGCUGAUUUACAAGUUUCCUGCAGCUACGAUCACCUCACGACCCUGCCCCACGUGCAGAAGUACCUGAAGUCUGUGCGCUACAUCGAGGAGCUCCAGAAGUUUGUGGAAGACGACAACUACAAACUGUCACUCAGAAUUGAACCGGGAAGCAGCUCUCCGAGACUCGUUUCUUCCAAGGAAGACCUUGCAGGCCCCUCUGCCGGCUCCAGCUCCGCAAGGUUCAGCCGGCGGCCCACCUGCCCUGACGCAUCCGUUGCUGGCAGCCUCCCCACACCCCCGGUCCCAAGGCACAGGAAGAGCCACAGCCUGGGCAACAAUAUGAUGUGUCAGCUGAGUGUAGUGGAGAGUAAAAGCGCGACAUUCCCGUCGGAGAGAGCGAGGCACCUGCUGGACGACAGCGUCCUGGAGUCCCGCAGCCCCCGCAGGGGCCUCGCCCCCACCUCGCCCUCCGCUGUCACCAACGGACUCUCCCUAGGCAGUAGUGAGAGCUCAGAGUUUAGUGAAGAGAUGUCUUCAGGGCUGGAAAGCAGGGGACGUCUCUACGCCACUCUGGGGCCCAACUGGCGGGUUCCAGUUCGGAAUUCUCCGAGAGCCCGGAGCUGCGUCUACAGCCCCACCGGCCCGUGCAUCUGUGCGCUGGGCGGCUCGGCGGCCGUGCCCACCAUGGAGGGGCCUCUGCGGAGGAAAACUCUGCUCAAGGAAGGACGGAAGCCGGCGCUGUCCUCGUGGACCAGGUACUGGGUCAUACUCUCAGGAUCCACCCUCCUGUACUACGGAGCCAAGUCCUUGCGGGGAACGGACAGAAAACACUAUAAAUCCACACCUGGCAAAAAGGUCUCCGUCGUGGGCUGGAUGGUGCAGCUGCCUGACGACCCCGAGCACCCGGAUAUCUUCCAGCUGAAUAACCCCGACAAAGGCAAUGUUUACAAGUUCCAGACUGGUUCUCGGUUUCAUGCAAUACUGUGGCACAAGCAUUUGGACGAUGCGUGUAAAAGCAACAGGCCUCAGGUAAAGUCCCCAGAAUCUUGCUUGUCACCUGAAAUAAAUACCCUCUCCCACCCUUGCUUGGGACUAAGGGUCCUUCCCUCAGAGCCUAAGCUGAGCUCCCAGGCUCCCUCUUUGGUCAGCCUUUUCCCAUGAGACUGGGCGCCCCCUGCUCAGCUGAGAACAAAGCCCCCGUCCCUGUGUCUUGCCCACUGAUGGAAAGCCACGGAAAUAUCCAUCGGGGACAGUGAGGUGGCAGGUGCAGUA